AAAUAAAUAUAUAGAUAUAUAUAAAUUUAUAUAUAUACAUAUACUGGCCAUAUCAGCAAGUUUCAAUUUGACGUGCUUCUUGAAGUGAUUAAGAACUAAGUUACCAAACAGUCGAUCGUCAAAGUCCGUCACGAUCGUGUGUCCAUUAGUUCUGGGCGCCUGUAACCGCGCGUAGUUUUCAUUUUGCUAUUGUUUUUGUUUCUUUCCAAAGUGCUUUGCUUGCCAUAAACAAAUUGUCUAUCAAGCAAUAGAUAUUUUGUUGCAUGAAACGAGCUAAUAAAUGAUAUCAUAUAAAUCAAUUGAGUGAAUGCCAAUCAAAUUGGGGGCAACUGUGAUAAAUCUAACAUACAAAUGGAUCAUGCGUCGGGUAGCUGCUAUAUAAACAGACAAUCCGUCGGUUGUUUAAGGAGCUUUAAUAUAAUGUGCAAAGCCGUGUCGAAACUUUGUUGUUAAAACAAAUGCAAAUGAUGUUGAUGACAAUAAAUAUAAUGAAACACCUGCGGCAACAACGCUUUGACGCCAUCUGGUUGCUAAUUGGAUUAUGUGGACUGUCCACGACGUUUGCGUACUUUAUAGACUAUACAGAGAACACAGAGCUGAUACAGCAACGUGCUGGCUACGACGUCCGGUUACAGUGCAACCUAACGGGGCUGCUGGAUGAGCGCAGGCUGGCGGACAUUAAGAUACACUGGUACUUUAAGCAAUGCAGCGACAAUAAUUGUUACCAGCUGGAGUCUGGCGAGGAUUGGACCGCCCUGCCCUGCGAGUCGACACUCUGUCGCGCCGAGCUCUGGCUGCGCAAUGUCACGGAGCGAUACUCGGGCCUGUACAAAUGCAGCAUCAAUCCACAUGUAUGGGAUGCAACUCAGGCGGUGGACGUGCAACUUGUGCGCACUUAUCAGCUGGACGUUAAGAACAGCUCGCUUGCUGCACCGGAGUUCCUGGAUGCCUAUCCCAGCAAUAAGACAGCUAUUCAGGACAGCCGAGUGGUUUUUCAGUGUCGUGUGCACAGCGAGGAGCAUUUGACUAUAAAAUGGUUUCGACGGCAUGGAUAUGCCGCAUAUGCUUCUGCUCAGGAUACACCGCAGCCCACGCAGGGCUCGUCAAAUUUUAGUGCUCAUAUUGUGCGCUACAAUGGACGCACUUAUGAGCUGCUCUCCACAUCCCCCGAGAAGCUCGUCAGUCCACAGAUUUACCUCAGUAAGCUGAUCAUUAACAAUGUGAGGAUCAGGGAUGCUGGCUACUAUGCAUGCGUAGCCAUUAGCUAUCGCGGCCACAAGAUCCGGGAAGCCUAUCUCGACGUAUUGCCGUCUGACGAUGCUAUGGAGUACUGGGUGGACUACACCAACAGUGAUGAGCUUGUCACUGAGGAUACCAGCGAUCCUCGGGAAUUCCUGCUUCUGUUUCUCAUGCCCCUGGGCUUGGCGCUGCUGCCGCUGAGUGUUUGGGGCGGCUAUAUGUUGUAUAAGCGCUGCUCGAAGCAUAGCGAAUGCGAGCGCAUGGAACAGCAGUACUCCGACGAGGAGCUGGAUACAGAACGAUAUGUGCUCGGCGGCAGUUGACAAUGUUGGCUGGCAGUGGAUUGUGCAGAUGUGGGACCAAAGACUGUGCUUACAUUUAAGAUGUAAUAUUUACAAUAAAUUACGAAUUAGUUUCUAAAGAAAGAUAUUUUUUAAACGAA